AUGGCAGAAAACUAUAUGCAGGAAAUAGACGUUGAUUUCUUUGAAUUCAGAUUUUUGCAGAAAAAUAAAAACAGCAUAAGCAUUUCCCCAGAACCUCUUGAUGAAACCAAGAUUUCUACAUACGCUUCUUUACUUGCCAUUUCAAACAAAUAUGGGUACUUAGUUGCAGGCACGAAAGCUGGUUUUAUGAUCACGAGAACACAGUCCUUGCGUCAAGCCUUUAAAAGCGAAACUUCUGAAACCGAGACAGUAGUACAGGGCUCUUUGGAGGUUAAAAUCCCAAAAGGACCUGUCGAAAUAUUAAAAAUAUCAGCAGACGAACUUACUGUCUUUGCUGAAAUAAAGGGUGGAAUAAUACAGUUAUUUGACGUGACGACGCUGCUUAACGGGGAAGCUUCCACAUUUAUUCCAUAUCGAGAAUACUCAUUUAAUCAAACGAUUCGAGAUAUCAGGCCAAAUCCAGGACCUUUACCGAAUGUGAUGGCAAUCUUAUUUGAUAAGGAUGGAUCAAUCGAGUUGAAGAAUUUUAUAGAGGAUAAAACUAUAAGUACUAUUUCACCUAAGAGUGUGGGAGACCAAAUUAGUGCAAUGGCUUGGUCCCCGAAAGGAAAACAUUUAAUGGGUGGGACUGCCUCUGGAAAAUUAAUAAAAUUUGAUACUGAUGGUUCUUCAAGCACUGGAAUCCAACCACCCCCAGAUUUGAGUGAAGACGGUGAAGCAUACAGAGUUUUAAAUGUGCUUUGGCUGGAAAAGUCGAUGUUUUUUGUAUCUUAUUAUCCGAUGGUAGUCAGUGAAGAUUCUGCUGCAAUGUUAUACCUUGUAUCAAGCGAGCAAAGCCCUCCAACUUUUACAAAAAUAGAAGCUACACCAUGGAAAUCAUCGCGACAAGAUCGACAGCCAUAUUAUUUCAUGGAAACAAUCCGCGAUUGGGGUUCGAAUAUAAAAAAUCUAGUAAUACUCGCCGAUGCUCUAUCGACGGACACAGCAUGCAUAGCAAGCGAUGAUUCGGGAGAAUGGGCAUAUUGGAUUUUAGAGUCUUCAGAUGCUAUAGUCAUGCCAAUACCUAGAUUUUCUAAUAAAUAUGAUGAUACACUACCUUUUGGAAUGGCCAUUGAUUUCACGGACACUGAAGAAUGGCUGACCAAAUUUACAGAUGAAACUGUUCUAGUUCCGCCAGUUCCAAUUGUUUAUAUUAUAAAUGAUGAAGGCGAUCUUUUGGCUUAUCGCUGCUUUAAUAAAGAAGCUUUUGAAGCUCAAGAGACGUGCGCGAAUAUGGUUGUUGCACAAAAUAUUCCAUCAACAGGCCCUUCGGUCUUAGUUAACAAGCAUUUGCCUGAACCAGAACAAAAUGUAGUAGUAGCCGGCCAAGUCAAACCGAAACCAUUAUCUAAAAUAACCGAGUCACCACCUGAAAUCGGGAUAACUCAAAAGAAACUGAUAGCUCCGGUUAGCAGUGAUAGUGAUUGGCAGAAACAGGCUGCUAAAUUCGAAGCUCUGUUAAAAAAAAACGAGAAAAUGAUUGCUGGAUCCGGUGAUCAAAAAAACGACACUAAUAGAGGUUCCCAGUUGGCUUUUAGCACUCUUAAAGAUAUGCCCCCUAUUCAUUAUAAAACUCCUAAUAAGAAAGUUCUUCCUUCGCCUUCAAAAGCCACCUUGCUAAAUGAAGACAAUAUACGGGAUGUCGAGCGUUUUCUAAAGGAGUUGAAAAAAAAGACAGAACAACUUAAAGAAGAUUGUAUUAAGCAAUAUCGUUCUAAGAAAUAUCGUCCUGACUUGCUUACCGGUCAUUUAUAUAAAGACGUAAAAUUAUUGAUGCAAAAAUUUUUCAUGGUAAAGCAAAAAGUUUCAGAUCUCAAUGAUGAUAUUACAAAAGCGCACAGAUUGAUUGAAUAUGUUGGAAAUGCAAUGGAUCCAGAAAGCAAACCAAUUUUACCGGAUAGAUCAAUUAAAUCACUCAGUGAUGAAGCUAUGAGAAGCAUUCGUGAAUCUUUAGAGACUAUAAAAGACGCUGCCCAAGUUGUUGAAGAACGUAUAAUUUUACUGCACGAUCUAAUAGAAGAAAAAAAGAAAAAGAAUAUAAUAGGGAGAUCUCCAUUAGAAAUGAUCGAGUCGUCAAUCCGUAAUAUAACCAUUACUCUAAUGCAUUGGCAAAAACAAUUAAACACGAUGGGUGAUGAGGUCCAACAACUCUACGCUGAAAAGCAGAAAUAUCGAAGUCAAAUUGAACAACAGGAAAAUAUUGAACAGUCGCUCAGUUCUAGAGAGCUUGAUAUUUCAUCGUAUCUUCGAUAUUCACCUGAAGCUGGGAAACAAAUUGACUCAUAUUUGAAACAAACUCAUAUGAUGAAACGAAUAGGAAAUAAACUUCGAAAUCGGAAAAUACCGAUAUUGACAAGACCAGAAGAAGGAGAUCAAGGAAAAGCAACAACGGCAUCUUCCAAGGUUAUUGGGAAUAUCACCACAUAUUCUCCAAAUAAUAUACUGGAAACCUCCCAUAAGACUCGUCCACCAAUAAUCAAAGCUGAUUCGUUGCAAACCACUUAUAUAAGCUCACUUAGCAUUAGUGAUAAUCCUACAAAAAAUAUUCUUCAAACCAAAGAAUCGACAAGGGAAAAAAGAGCCCCAUUUUAUAUGAAAUCCAAACAUGUAAUGCGAGCACCCGAAUCGGAAACUAAGAGCUUUUUCGAUGAAUCUCUGCAAAACAAAUUCAUUAAUAUGAACUUUCUUAAUGGUUCACCUGACGAAACCUUAGGUUUUGGUUUACCGUCUCCUACACCAUCUUCUGCGCAAGAAAAUUUUCUUGCUCCCGCUACUGGAGAAACAUCAUAUCCGCCAUCUGCAACUGAAAAAAGUGUUAAUAAUUCAUCUAACGAAACAUCAGAUUUUGGUACACCAUCUCCUGCACUAUCUCCUGCGCCAGCAAGUUUUCUUGCUUCCGCUAAUGGAGAAACAUCAUUUCCGCCACCUGCAAGUACAUCUAGCCAGAUCAAUACUGAAGAAAAUGUUACUAACGAAACAUCAGAUUUUGGCACACCAUCUCCUGCACCAUCUCCUGCGCCAGCAAGUUUUCUUGCUUCCGCUACUGGAGAAUCAUCAUUUCCGCCAGCAAGUUUUCUUGCUUCCGCUACUGGAGAAUCAUCAUUUCCGCCACCUGCAAGUACAUCUAGCCAGAUCGAUACUAAAGAAACUGUUAAUAGUUCAUCUAACGAAACAUCAGGUUUUGGUAUACCAUUUCCUGCGCCAGAAAGUUUUAUUGCUCCCGCUACUGGAGGAUCUUCAUUUCCGCCAUCUACAUCUAGCCAGAUCAAUGCUUUUGGCGCUCCAUCAACACCAAUAUCUGGAUUGGCUCAACCCACUUUCGGACAACCAGCGUUUGGACAGCCGGCUUUUGGACAGCCGGCUUUUGGACAGCCAGCUUUUGGACAGCCAGCUUUCGGGCAACCAGCUUUCGGACAGCCAGCAUUUGGACAGCCGGCUUUCGGUCAACCAUCAUUCGGACAGCCGGCUUUCGGUCAACCAUCAUUUGGACAGUCAUCAUUUCCUCAGAAUCCAUCCCUGGCCCCUUUGAAGGCUCCAAGUGGUGGUGGCUUUGCAAGAUUUGCCGCUAGUGGAACCAGUGGUGCGAUUGGAUUUGGUAAAUCCCCUGAUCCUAAUGCUACCCCAAGUACCACAAAUACCAAUAUGCCUAAUAAUCCAAGUUUUACCCAAUUUCGAGGAUGA